AUGAAGCUCACAGCUGUAUUCGCCUUCAUCGCCCCGGUCAUCGCCCUCGCCGGCAACGGUAGGAUGACGACGCCCCGAGACGAAAAGGUCAGCUACGACGGCUACCAGGUCUACCGCGUGCCAACAACCAACGCGCCACCAAAUCAACUCGCCCGCCUGCGCUCGUUCCCGUCCAUUGACCUGAAGGGCUCCGUCGAAGUCGCGAUCCCGCCCAGCGAGGUUGAAUCACUCAAGUCUCUAGGACUGCUGGACGAUGCGCAGCUUCUAGACGAUGACCUCGGGCGGGCGAUCAGGGCCGAGUCCGAGGCCGAGAAGAAGCCCGGCUUGACCAAGAGGGGCGAGCUGCCGGACCUGAGCUGGUUCGACUCGUACCACGCGUACGACGACCACGUACAGUACUGGAGGGACCUCCACGCUGCGUUUCCCGACAACUCGGAGUGGUUGGACAUUGGUGCCUCGUAUGAGGGCCGCAACAUAUUCGGGUUGCGGCUUUGGGGAGGCGAGGACACUGGGACGAAGCCCGUUGUCCUCUGGCAUAGCACCGUUCAUGCCAGAGAGUGGAUUACUACAAUGGUAUGUGAGCCCGUCCCAGGCGUUUUCGUGAGUGAGGUUGUUGAUGCCCGCAAGCAGACUGUCGAGUACUUGACCUACCAACUCAUCGACGGCUAUAAGUCUGGAGACCGAAAUGUCACAGCCUUCUUCGACGCCUAUGACUUUUAUAUUGUGCCCUUCCACAACCCCGACGGCUUCGUGUAUAGCCAGACCACAAACCGCCUCUGGCGCAAGAAUCGCCAGCCGCGCUCCAACACGACCUGCAUAGGCACCGACGGCAACCGCAACUGGAACUUCCAGUGGGACUACCCCCUCGAGGACGGCAGCGUCUCCGCCGACCCGUGCGGCGAGACGUUCCGCGGCCUCGCGCCGGGCGACACGACCGAGAAUGUCGUCCUCUCGGCCCUCUCGCGGGAGCUAGCUGCUACAGCUACCAACUCCACCGGUGGCGGCGGCAUCAGACUCUUCAUCGACUGGCACAGCUACUCGCAGCUGAUCCUCCUCCCCUGGGGCUUCUCCUGCGAGCCCGACGUGCUUCCCCGGAACCUCCAGGCGCAGCGGGACGUGGGCGCGGGGUACGCCGCGACGAUUGCGGCGACGAGCGGGGAGGGCUACGAGGUCGGCCCCUCGUGUGAGAUUUUAUACUAUUCCACGGGCUCCGCGAGGGACUUCCACCACGGGGCGCUGAAUGCGACGUACUCGUGGAGCGUCGAGUUGCGGCCCAAGAGUGGUGGGAGCGGGGGGUCUGGAUUCAUUCUGGCGCCCGAGUUUAUUUUGCCCACGGCCGAAGAGCACUGGGAGGGGAUUAAGUAUGUGCUGGGUGCUGUUGGUAAGUAA